AUGCCGUCCAAAUGCUUCAACUGCAAGGAGGCUGGCCAUCAAGCCCGUGACUGUCCACUGCCACCGAUCGCCGGACGCGGCGAGGGCAAGCGUGGUCGCUCCCCUGUUCACAUCGCAGGGUUUGCUCGGGGCGCCCGCCGUCGCCGGGCCUCACACUCCUGUCGUCGAGCCUCGUCUGCGGACACUGCGUCUGCCCGUUCGGUCUCCACCGAUCGUGAUCCCUCCGUUCCGCCGGUCUACGAGCCACCGACGCCGGACCACCCCGGUGAUGGGUUUGCGGACGCGCCGGCAGUGGAUGCUCGGGUGGAGCAGGGUGCCCACGGCGCGCCUGUGGAUGCGCCGGGGCUGGGUGCUCAUGCUGCUCCCGGCGGUGCGGGCAUUGCGGUCGACAACGACGCCGCGGGGGCUGCUGCCGAUGCUGCCCCUGAUGCGGUUGAUGCGGGGGCGUCAGAGCGCCCACAUCUUGUCCCACGCUCCCUACUCUGGCGAGUUCAGGCGCCGCCGGCUUCGCCAAGGACGCUUGCCAGGACGUCGCUUCUGGAGAUGGUCGUCGUCCCGCAUACACCGGCCAUCCAGGCGGCGGAGGAUGCUCUGUCUCUUGCCCUGGUGCUUGGCACGCGGCCGCCGGUGUCGCCGGCGAUGGUGCGGGACCUGCUCGGGGAGUACUUCGGCAUUGCGGACAACCUGGUCGCUGUGCAUCGCACCAAGCCCGAUGACUUCCGCUUCAGCCGACCAGAAGAUCAGGAGAUGGUGCUGAGCACCCCGUGGCCGGCCGCCGCCCCGUUUGCGCUCCGCUGGUGCCGGUGGAGUCGUCUUUUCAUGGCGUCGGCGGGGGCGUUCCGCUACCGGGUGCUCGUCGGAAUGAAGGGGAUACCAACACAUGCAAGAUCCUCCGACACCGCCCAGACUAUUCUUGGUUCGUCCAGCGCAUGGGUGGAGAUCACAAACCCCGACGCGCUCGUGGAUCCCGACGACGAGCGCGAGCUGUUCGUCGCAGCCUGGUGCGCACACCCGGACAUGGCCAUCCCUGAGCCUGAGGAGGAGCACGACGGGGGCUCGCCUUUGUAUCUCCGGCCAUGGGAAAUCAUCCACGAUGAGGUGCCGGCGUUGAGGUACCUGCUGCGGCUCAGGAUUGUGGAGUUCCAAGACUGGCACACGCCGCCGCCAUCGUCGGACGACGAGAUGUACAACGCCGGAGAUGAUGAUGAAGACAGAGACAACAGCAACUAUAACGGGUUCCACCCGGGAUUCAGCGGCGACGGUAGCCGGUCGCGGCCGCGGACGACCCGCUUCGGUCGCGACAGCGACCCAGCGCUUGGGAAGGGUUCCGGGCCCGCCUUCCGGGCGCGCGGUUCGAGGAGGGCCAUCCAGGCCUCUUGGGAUGGGCCGGACCUGGUGCUUGGGCCAUCCUUCGGCUGCUUGGAGGACGGGGACAAAGAGGUGGCCCAUGCGGUUGAUCUCUGCCUCUCUGGGCCGGAGGAUUGCAGCUCAGGGCAGAGCUCUCCCAGGCCCACCAUCGUCAUGGAGCAGGCCGCAUGUCUGUCCUCGCCUUCCGCUCCCAUGGAGGUGGUCCAUGAACUCGUGGUCGCAGUGGCGGAUGACGACCAUGUGACUGUCGGUGCGCACGACGGCGACGAUGAACCCAUGCCGGUUCAUGCCUUCAUCGACUCCUUCAAGAAGACUCUGCCGCAGCCCGUUCUGUCAACACCGAUCCUUCGGGUCACCAAGCUGGCAAGGGUGUGGUCGACGACGACGAGCUCGUCCCCAAGAGAAGCGCAAGGCUAG